GUGUCGCUCCUUGUUACGAGUAAUAACUGCCAUUGUUUUUGUAAUGAAAAAUGUUGCACAGAAAACCCGCUUUUGUGAAAAGCAAUGGGGAGGAAACUCAAAUUAUAGAAAGGUGUCUGGUGAAAGCGGAAGUAGAAGGAAACGAACACUCUUGUUUUUUAAGCUGCUUCACGCAGUCGCAAACGCACUUGCUUCCUGUUGACAGUGGGGAUAAACAAGAGAAGAUGUAAGAGUUUUCCAAAAAGGCAGCUAAAAGGGGCAGCGAAUUUUACGGUGUGGAAUAACUAAACGUCGUGUGUUUUGUAGGUUAUUUGGACUUUAACUAAAUCUAUGUGUAUGCUGAGUUUUGAGUGUUCGUCGUCUUCAUGAGUGCUUUGACAGUAUGUCGCUGAGUUCCGGCGGUUGGACUCAAACUGCUGCCCUGUCACCGGACCAGUCCUCUGUUGCUCUACCCUCUGACUAUGGGGCGUCACAGUCACAGCUCGACUGCCAAACAGUGCUCAUUUCGGUUCGGGUGUCGGUGUGCCAUUCUGGUAUUCGACCGCUGUGUCUUCCCGGAGCAGGUGAUGAGUCACUCCGCCUGCAGCUCAGCAUGGACCCGGGGAAAUCCGGGGAAUUCCGACUGUCGCUCCAGGAUUGUAGUGAGAGUGGCCGGAGUGUGACGGUUGCAGAGUUUAAUUUGAAGAUGGUAAAGUAUGAAGUGAAGUCACCGAAGUGUCAUGAACUGAGUUUGGCCACACCUCCUCAUGACCGGAUCAGCUUCAACUUCCGCUGUGAGCGAGAGGCUCACGAAUGGGCCACUGUGAUGAUGUCAUCAUUGAGAGAAGCACAUAGAGUUGUUCCUCCAGAAAACAGUUCACAGGCCCCCCUGGAGAACCUACAGCAUCAAAACACACUGGCUUUACAGCACACAGAGGAAACGUGCAUUGAGUUAACCCGGGCCAUAGAGGCUGGUGACACACGGUCUGCUUCUGCCAUUGCUGCCACACUUGCACGACAACAGACUGCGCUCAAGAUUCAACCCUUUGCCAGAGACUAUGAUGACACUGAGAUCAACUUGACUGUUGUGGUGGAGGAUUUCUUCUCAUCCUGUUGUGUCUCUGUAAGAGUUUCUCCUCAUAUAACGACUGCAGCACUGAAACAGCAGAUGUUUCUUGAGUACGGCUUUCAUCCACGAGUGCAGCGCUGGAUAAUUGGUCAGUGCUUGUGCAGCGAUCAGCGAUCGCUGACCUCGUAUGGCGUCCGCCAAAAUGGUGACACGGCCUUCCUGUACCUCCUGUCUGCCCGUCAUGCUCGCUUGACGCCCCAAGUCCUGCAACAGGACCAGGAGAGCGCUCUUCUUCUCAGUUCUCCAUCACCUCUGCUGUCCAGCAUGUCGCUUUCUUCUACCUCUGCCCAGGCCAUGUUAUCAAAGGACAGGAAGCCGUACACCACACUGACACCCAGGCUGCAGACAAGCAUCAACACUGAAAGAAAAAAAGUUGGUGAGGUCAGAGAUCUCAUCAACCUAGACAUGCCUCAACUCACUCAAGCACUGAAACCCAUCUCAUCCCCCCACCAGGGUUGGUCAUGUCCGUCUUGCACAUACAUUAACAAACCAACUCGGCCAGGCUGUGAGAUCUGCAGCACCAACCGUCCAGAAAACUACGUCAUCCCUGGAGGAUAUCGUCCGGAUGCACUGGAACUGAGACGUAUCCAGCAGGAGAAGGAGGCGGUCAGACAGUACCAGCAGGCAAAGGAAGAGGAACGCAAGAAGAACUUUGCUCAGCUGCUGAUGACAGAUGACCAAGAUCUGGUGCCUAACCCAGAUCCUGUGGACUGUCGGAUCUGCUACGUGGACCUGAAGCCUGGAGAAGGAGUCCUGCUGAGGGAGUGUCUUCACUGCUUCUGCAGGGAGUGCUUACGCUCACUGAUCAUGUUGAGUGAGGAUCCUGUAGUGUCCUGCCCAUUCAGAGAUGACACAUAUUCCUGUGAUUGCACUCUGCAGGAGAGAGAGAUCAGAGCUUUGGUUCCAGCAGAGGAGUAUGAGCGAUGGCUGCAGAGAGGCUUGUCGGUGGCAGAGUCCCGGUGUGAGGGCAGCUAUCACUGUGCUACACCAGACUGUCGUGGCUGGUGUGUGUACGAGGACACGGUCAAUGUCUUCCACUGUCCUGUCUGUGGGAAAAACAACUGCCUGAUUUGCAAGUCUAUUCAUGAAGGAAUGAACUGUAAGCAAUACCAGGAUGAUCUUGCAGCUCGGGCUAUUAAUGACUCUGCUGCAAGGAGAACUACUCACUUACUCAAGUCUUUAGUGCAGUCAGGGGAGGCUAUGCACUGUCCCCAGUGUGGCAUCAUUGUACAGAAAAGAGAUGGGUGUGAUUGGCUCCGCUGCACUGUCUGUCACACAGAGAUCUGCUGGGUGACCAGAGGGCCCCGUUGGGGACCAAAAGGACCUGGAGACACCAGCGGAGGAUGUCGAUGCAACGUCAACAAUCAGAAAUGCCAUCCUAAAUGUCAAAACUGCCACUGACAACCUACAGGCCGUUCUGACUGAAAAAGGGAAGUAAGACUGAAACUGAGGUAAAGUGCUAUCUGAAUAAAGACUAAAGCACAAAACUAGCUAUUUCACAUUAAGCCCCUGUUGAAGGACUGAAAUAGAACACGUACACGGUGCUUGUCAUGACUGGAGUCUUUCUACAUUUCUCACCAUCACUUACUGCUGCAGAAAUAAUCUGUGUCCUCGUUUUUAGAUGUGAACAGCCUGGCGGGAAUAAUAUGUUGACAUUUAGUGCUGCUUUCCUUAAGCAAACAAAAGCAGGCUCAAUAUCUAUCACAUUUCAGUACUGAGAGCAAAGUAAUUGGUCUGAAAUUUGAGAGUAUCAGUCAAUUUUAUUUGCUUUUGGUGCCUUCUUACAAUGAUUGCACUGAAACAGGUACAGGUAGAGGUACAGGUGUGUUGUUCCAUACUUUACUAGAAUGCAUUAAACUCAAGUGUCCUUAUUCUUGUACACAAAAUAUAGCAGUAUAUUUAUUGUUACAUUUUAUAGGAAUUUGUUUUUUUCUUAACAGUAUUGGGCAAACAAAUUUGAUUAAAAAGGUUUAACAUAUAUGAUACAACACAAGUCAAUGCUUCCCAGUUAGGGCUAAAUGGAACUUGUAAGAUAUUGGAGUCUCAAAGUUAUUCCUUUUAGUAGAGGGAGCAAAGCAGCCCUGGUGAAUCACAGGGCAGCUGUCAUUAUUUGUUUCUGAGAAAUUGUCAUCUCUACCUCCUCCUUUCUUUUGGCUGUUGCACUUGGUCAUAUUUAGGAGAUAAAAAAAAAGGUCAAAUUGUAAUUGUAGUCUAAUUGUAUAAGAUUGUUUAAAUCACUUAUGUUACAGUAUAUUAUAACUUCCCCAAACCUGGGAGGCAAUUGAGUUUGUUGUCCUGUCUGUGUAUGUUCUCAUCCAGGUCAACUUAUCCAAACAUAGUUACAUCGAGGGCCACUGAACAGAGUAGGUUUCUUGAAGAUGUUUCACUUCUCAUCUAAGGGGCUUCUUUAGUUCUGACUUACUACCGGGAAAUUCUGGUAUUUAGCCUCAGAGAGGCUGUAUACACGUAACAAAGGUUGUUUCAAAAAACUAGUCACAUGUAUAGUUACAUGUGACUACGUAUACAUUCCGCCCUCCUCAGAAUAUGGUGUGGUUCGCCACACCUCCACACCCCAUUCUAAGAAGGGUGGGGCUAAAUCCCAGAACUUCCCAGUAGUCACUUAGAACUGAAGAAGCCUCUUGGAUGAGAGGUGAAACAUCUUCAAGAAACCUACUUCGUCCAGUUGCCCUUGAUGUAACUAUUUUUGGAGUUUGUUGUAUUGAAGAAAAAAAGUAUUCAUGUCUAUCUUUUUCUCACACAAAAAGUGCAGUGAGUACAUUAUAUAAGGUCACAGAAUCAGAAUCUACAUUGUUCCUUUGUUGGGGAAAAAAUGCAUUUCCACAACAUUGUGGCCCUCUGUACCCAACAGUAUGCUCACAACCACACUACCACACUCCACUGAUAUUAGUCACAAGAAACCGUCACUGCUACUUACUCGGAUCACAGCACCAUGUCCUACUGUGCCUUAUCCAUCAAUAAAUGACCUUUUUAAAUCUAAUCUGUUGAGUAUUUGGAUGUCUUGUGGUGUUAAUGUGAAUAACCAAACUGGGGGCUUUAGAUUUCAGUAUGCUUUUACUGAUAUAGUAUAAAAAUAUUAUCACUUGUUAUUAAUGAUACAUGUAUUUAUUUUCUGCCGUGUCACACGCCUUCAUUAAAGCUAAACAAAAA